AUGGCGUUUAUGAUUCCUGUCGUAAAGAACGAUUGGGAUAUUUAUAAAGCCAAUCGUUCAAGAAGGGUUUCUGAGUGUUCGAACGCCACAAAUUGCCGUUCUAGAAAAGUGUCAGAAUGUCGAUCAGAAGGUCCAAGCCUAUCCACAUCACCUGGAUCAGAAUUCGUGCCUUCUCCUAUACGAGACCGUGCUUCUGUGCCAGCCAAUAUGUCGUCAUCGAGACAGUACUCAAGAGCCAGUUCCAGAACAAGCGAAAGCAAUCUUCAAAGUCCUAUCAAGAGCAUGGGGUCAUCGCCCCCUAAGAAUGGUUCUGAACCCAAUCUGAACAAGUUUCACAAUAGAUUGUUGGAUAAACUGAAGAAAUCGCUGAGAAGCAAUUCGGAAAGCGAAAAAACCAGUUCAUGA